AUGGAUCCAAAAGCGAAGAAACAAAAGCUUAGCGCAUCAGAAAUCGCAAGUCCCUCUCUCUCAAAGAAGAAAGUUGAUGUGCGCAAAGCGAUGAGGAAGCAAAACGACGCAGCUAUGUACCUUACGGAGAAAGUAAUCUCUGCAGUGGCCAGAAACUCUAACUUCGUCUUCUCCCCAGCAUCAAUCAACGCUGCACUCACCAUGGUCGCUGCUACCUCCGAACAAGAAACCCUAAGAUCCGUUAUCCUCUCCAUCCUUGGUUCUUCCUCAAUCGAUGAGCUCAACGCCGUUUUCAGCGAGAUUGCUACAAUGGUCCUUGUCGACGGGAGCGAGACCGGUGGCCCUAAGAUCUCAUCCGUUAAUGGAGUGUGGAUGGAGCAAUCACUAUCUUUUAAUCCCUUGUUAAAGGACCUCCUUGAGAAUUUCUUCAAGGCACCUUUCUCUCAAGUUGAUUUCCGAUUCAAGUUUGAACAAGUGCGCGAGGAGGUGAAUUUGUGGGCUUCAGAGCACACCAAUGGUCUCAUCAAAAGCAUUCUUCCUCCCAGAUCAGUCACACCUCACACCAUGUGGAUUUAUGGAAACGCAUUGUACUUCAAAGGAGCAUGGGAACACAAAUUUCCCAAGUCUUUGACGGAAGACCAAGACUUUCAACUUCUCGAUGGCACCUCAGUCUCUGUGCCGUUCAUGAGCAGCUACAGGAAGCAAUAUGUAAGGGAUUACGAUGGUUUUAAGGUCCUUAAGCUCCCAUUUCGACAGUUCGAUGAUAGCAAUCGCCAAUUCUCAAUGUAUUUCUAUCUCCCUAAAGCCAAGGAUGGAUUGAAUCGCCUGGUGAAGAGAAUGGCAUCUACUCGUGGAUUCUUGGAUAGUCACAUUCCAUGGCAAGAAGUUCGACUUGGUGAAUUCAGAAUCCCAAAGUUUAAGAUGGAAUUUGGGUUUGAGGCUUCGAGAGCUUUCAAUGAAUGGAAUCUGGAAGAGGUUUCAUUGUACCAUAAAGCUUUGGUCGAAAUCGAUGAAGAUGGUGCAGAAGCUGCGGCUGUUACUGCUGUUAUAGGAGGCAGAGGUUCAAGUGGAAGAUCCGGCAGGAUGAUAGAUUUUGUGGCUGAUCAUCCUUUUCUUUUUAUGAUUAGAGAAGAUAAAACUGCAGCAGUUUUGUUUGUUGGUCAAAUCUUUGAUCCUUCCAAACAUGAUUCUGCCUAG